AUGGGGAAAGUUGUACCCUACUAUCCCUACAACUAUUUCGUCCAGUCAGCAAGCUUUGAUAUCACAUUACUAAUGGUUCUGCUGAGGAAUAUCUGUAGUUUUAUCCCGCCUGUCACUGUCAUGAGUACUGAAGUAAACAUAGUGAGGGUGAAGUGCUACCGUAAUACUGUAUACAGCCAUGCCGGCCCAGCUUCUGUAGAUUACGCAGCAUUUAACACCUGCUGGCAGGAUAUCAGCAAUGCAAUGGUAGCACUGGGAGGAGCAAGUUAUGCAGCUGAUAUCAGUAAGCUUAAAAACAAGUGCAUGGAUCCUGACACUGAGGAACACUACAGAGAGCUGUUGAAGCAAUGGAAGAAAGAUGAAGACAUUAUCAAAGAAAAACUUGAAGAGAUGGAAGGUAUGUUAGAAUUUUAGCCUAAAACUGACAGGAGGGUAAAGGUUGGAAAAGAAAAAAAACGCAAAGAUCGCGCUAUGUUACAUAAGUAGUGGGAACUAUUAUUAUAGUGUCCAGAAAUCCAAAGAGGUGGGGCACGAGGCCACCUAUUUGCCUUGUAAUAAAACUUUACCUACCUGCAUAUUGAUACCUGGCGUUACUGUUUUUGUACGCUGCGGCAGCAUACCGUGCAAGUUUAUUCGAGCCAAGGUUUGCAUUUUGGUGAGACACAGUCAAGCCAAAAUACCCACAAAGACACCAAAAGGUACCCAGCAUGCCGCCACGGGAAGUGUAUCAAAACUGAGUUGCGAUUAAGUAUUUACCUCAACCAAAUUGGGCCAAGAAUCCAGUCAUAUAGAGUCAGUGACUUGAUAUUGCAGAACUUGUCAUGAAAAUGGUUACAGACAAAGUUUCUAAUUGGCUAAGUGUGAAUUAGAGUAAGUUAAAUACGUAUCGUGCGCUUACGAUUCUGAUUGGCCUCAAACUAGGGAAAAUAUGUAUUGGUAAACUACAUUUGGAUAAAAGCUAACAAUUAUCGGUCUGUUUGGUUUUCAUAAGAGUUGCUUAAGCAGUUGAAAGAAGAAAAAGAAAGCAUCAAGGAAAACUUGGAGAGGUGGAGGGUAUGUGCCAAACUUACUUGAACCAACAGACUUUAAUCCUGAACUUUUUAACAAGGAAGCCACUGAUGUAAAAUAAUCAUGAUCAGAAAACCUUUAUAAGAAAUGUAAUUUUGUUAUUAUCCUGUAAAAGAAGGCGACAAAGCAAUCUAUGUUAGAUAACACCCCAUUUGAAAACCUGGGAAAGGCCGUACUUCUAUUUAACAAUUAGACUGCUGACCUGAGUUUUCUCUGAGGGAAUGGUCAAAAAGGUGCAGCCGAAUUGACUGUUGCUCAUAGAAAACCAUGGAGAGUAGUAUAAUUGUUUUAGUAAAUACUCCAAGUGACUGCAGUCUAAAACCAAAAAUUGUAAUUAAACAUUUGUCUUAAAGCAAAAGAAAGCCAUUUAAGAGCAAUGUGGAGGAGAUAGUGAUUUGUAAAGGAGAACCAAUCAAGUUUGUUGAUUUGAAGCAGAACACGCCGACACUCUAAAAUGUUUCCCAUCUCUUAAUUUUUGAACGGCUUAAGUAGAAACUCUCAUAAGGUAGCAGUUAAAAUGUCGAGCCCUUGUGGUUGCCUGCAUGCUGUCAGACCACAGGGGUCAUACCCUGUAGUGGGUUUAAUCACGCGCAUAGUCUCUACGGUGGUUUAAAUUUAUAUUCAUCAACUUUAGUUUGAUAAUAAGUCAUUCCCUUAGCCACUGACGCUGCACAACAGUUUUUUAGAGAGUAAUAACUUUGCUUUAUUUCCGUAUGAACCCUCGAUCAACGAGUGUUUUUAUAUAUUAUCAACCCUUGUAGAAAAUUAAAUCUUGAAAGAUGGCUUUGAUCACCAGGAAACAUCCAAAACAAGCUUGAGUGGGUGGAGGAUCAAGUGA